GCUGCCGCCGCACACGACGCGGGAAAUUUCGCUGCUGGCGGCGGGUUCGCCGCUCUGACGUCAUGGCCACACGGAGCCCCACCCACCGCUCGUCCUCCGCUUCCGCGCGCCCCUUCCGGCCGCCAUCUUGCCGUGAGCGGACGCUGAGGAGGCGGUAGAGAGCUACUUUUUCAUUCAUCAUGUGACUUUCUGUUGUCCUGCUUCUUCCUGGUCCUGUGUCCCCUGCCUGUAACGCCUGACUUGCUGUCUUCCCUGCGACCUGCUUUGUUUCAUCAAGUCUCCAGUCCCUGGCCUUACAGCUGCAGAGCCCCACGAGCCUGUGUCUGCAACAUACCUGAGCUGCUGCAGGCCCACAGCACCAGCUGUCUUCAUUUCACCACGUGCCUGUUGGGGCCCAGGCUACACAGUGGCGGUGUUCAUGCUGUAGAAUGGAGAACUAUAAGAAGACCAAAAUUGUGGAGAAACCUUGCCCUCUUCCUUUUACUGACCUGCCCUCCGAUAUUAUUGAAAUGAAGGUGAAGGAUGGGAGCAAAAUCAGAAAUCUGAUGAGCUAUGCCAUCAGCAAGAUGGAGCUGGACUCAGUGAGGCAGAUCCUUUUCACUGGCUCGGGCAAGGCCGUCAGCAAGACCAUUACCUGUGUGGAAAUCAUGAAACGAAGGCUCAAAGAGCUGCACCAGAUCACCAAAGUACUCUUCAAACAGAUCGAAGAGAUCUGGGAACCCAUUGUUCCUGAGGCAGGCCUCGAUGCCUUGACAGUGAAGAGAAACAUUCCUGCCAUAUGUGUCCUGCUCAGCAAGGACGCCCUCGAUCCCCAGGAGCCGGGAUACCAGGCUCCAGGCUCCUUUGAUACCUUUUGGAUCGAGACGCUCAAAGCGGACUCCCAGGGCCAGGUGAAGAGGAAGCAGGGUGGAGGCAGGGGAGCUGGCAGCGUGGGAAAGCACGCUCGUCCCGCUGGAGGAGCGCCCGGGGAGUCCUGCGCCGAGUCCUGAGACACCCACUCUGUGUUUGGCUGUAGUUUGGGAUGGUUAUGGCAACAAGCCAGCUGCUGUGGCUGGAAAGCUGCUGCUGAACACGGAGGCUUGCGGAGUGGUUAGGGGAGGGCAGGAGAAGUUAACUGUUUCAAAAUGGAUGUGAUUGUAGCUGUCUUAAACUGAGUUUUGACAAGUUCUCUUGUCAAAGGCUGCCAGACUGUGCUCCUUAGCUUGUGGUUCAGAGGAGACAGGAGUCGUCUCUGCUUGAGCAAGGACCGUUGGUGUCUUGUCGCUGAGCCCCGUGGAACGGCUGCUUGCUGCAGGGUUUUGGCUGCUCGCAGCAGUGGCCACAUACGCCAGGUGCCCACUGCUGUGGCAGGUGGAGGUGGCUCUUGCCACGAUACAGAGGACAGAUGAGACCCGAUGGGGAUUCCCCUGGCUGCUGCCUGCAUCGCUGGAGCUCCUCAGUGCGGGCAGUGGGGCACGGGGCUGGGUCGGCAACUUCUGUGCCUGAAAGUCUGUGUGCUGCUGAGCCUGUCGGGCAGUUUGAAUGUAGGACUGCCGGGACACAACUCCAUCUGCGAUUGUGUGCGUGUCGCACCCUUUCCGUCCUCCUUUUGCCUGGGUGGAGCUGACGGUUCCAUCUCUCUGCCAAAGUGGCAUGAGUUGACUCAUGUCAUAACCAGCCUGAAAUCUUGUUGCUGUGUGAGUGCUCUGGGGUGGUGGUAAUGGUAAGCUUUCUUUCCCCUUUCUGCGCCUUUAUAAUGCACAAAAUAGGUUUAAAAUAAAGUUUUACUUUUCAUGUAA